UAAAUGCCCCAAAAGACCCACCAAACCCAUAGAAGGUAUUCCUAACGUAAAAAUUCGGUCAAUUAACAAGAAAAGUGCAGAAAUAGACAAAAAAAAAAACGAAAAACAGUAGAAUACAUUCUUACUACACUAUACAUGACCACAUAAUAGAUACAUUCAUAAAUAAGAUUAAUAAACCUAAGAAUACAGAUAGACAGCAACUUAUAUCAAAACUCCAGAAAAGAUUUAUAGACCUUUACAAAAUAAGUACCAUUCCAACCUUCGUUGGAAACCGGCUGUACAUUUUGAUGUUCGAUCUGGAGGCAGAAGUUAAAUCAGUAGGCACAGAACCUACGGAGGGGGUUCAAGCAGAAAGAAUAGCACACGAUGAUUAAAUGUUUAUAUGCUAAUAUAAACAGUUACAACAACAAAAAAGAACUUAUUAGGCACUACAUAGAAAAUAACUCCAUCCAAUGUAUGAUGAUGGUGGAAACCAAGACUAAACUGAAACACAAUGUAAAGUAUAAAAACUGGGACACAAUAAUCAAACAUGGUAAUAUAUUGAACGAAAAUACUAGAGGAGGUAGCUUAGUACAGGCAGAAAAGUUCAUAUCAAUUGGGAAAUCUAACCCUCCACACCUCAACAAUCCCUGGAAUGAAGUACUACACUUCACAAUACCAUUCAAGGCCGAGCGGAUACAUAUAUUUCUGGUGUAUAUACAUCAUUCUAGCCAGUACAUCGAGGAAAACUUACUGGUGAAAGCAUCUCAAUACAAAUACUCCAUGAUUAUUGGGGAUCUAAAUGUAAACAAUCGAAGAAAAAAACAGCUGAAAAACUUUACAAGCAACUCCGACUUUGUAGAGAUAUGCACUCCACCUACGUUUUUAAUGGAAAAUAACAAGGGCACCACUCCAGACAGAUUCCUGUGCACCAAGAACAUCUUACAGAAUAUAAAGAAUGUGCAACUCACUCCAGACUUAGGCUCUAAUCACCUGGCAAUCGAAUUCGACCUAGACCUUGAAUCUAACCCCCUAAUAUACCCAACGGAAACCAGGUACGACUACUCUAAGUGCCAUAUCGGCAAAGUUAAUGCCGAAAUGUGUCAACUGUUGAAGUCUGGGCUACCAAUCACCACGAAUUACAUCACAUCGUUUACUCAAAACCUCUCGGAAAUAAUCAAGAAGCAUUCUCCAAAGAUUCAAGUCAAAUAUUACAGCCAGAAAAUUCCAGCCUAUAUAUUGAGGCUAAUCAAGGUUAAAAAACAAAUGUAUAGGGAAAUAACAAUAAAUGAAGGCUAAAUACAAUGCACUAAAUAAAGAUAUUCACAAACUCAUCAACCACUACCGCUCACAUAAAUAUCUGGAAGCCUGCAGAGAAAUCAAAGAACAAAAGGGGAAAACAUACUGGAAAACCAUUAAGAAACCAGAAUACCACAGACACCAUCGAAAUA